UGCCGGUGGGUCGUGCUCGAUCGCGUUUGGCUCUCCCACCCGGUUCUUAGCGGUCACCGUCCUCUGCUGCACGUGCUUCCGCACCGAGGAGCAGGUGACCUCCCGGUAUCGUGCAGGAGAGCUGCCGGUCCACUGAGACCCGGCACCGGCGGGAACGAGAAAGGCUUGGCAGGCGGUGGCCUGACUUUUACUUUCAGCGGGAUCUGCCGUUUGACUUGCCUCUAUGGCCAGGUGGAGGUGUUUGGUUUCCUCAUCAGCCAAGGCCAGCCUGCCCAAGAUAUCUUCUCUACCUAUACCCAUGCGUACCUGAACAUUAAUGCAGUUCAUUACUCCAUGUCUGAGAAGAGAGAGAAGGAGAUGAGAAAGGAAGCCCGGAUUUUGCUCAGAUCUCAUCUUAACUUGGAGGACAGAUGUUGGGCAAUGAAGAAUUUUUCUCCUUUGUGUUCCAUUGUGAUGCUAGAACGUGUGAAAAACUCCACUGUAAACUUCCUAACCAGCUAUCCAGGUUUAUCUUACAUUUUCACGCAAGAGAUUUCAACUUUCCAGAUUAAUGCUGAAUAUUUUGCCUUGAAAUCUGUUGGCAUCAGAAAAGAGAAAAAGAAAAGAUCACUUAAUUUAAGUGUGAGUGCCCUGUCAGCCCUGGAGGAGUUGGUCAGCGUUUCUUCUGAAGAAGCAGAUGGCUGCCCUAUUGUUCUGGUCUGUGGCGCCCAGGACGUUGGAAAGUCAACAUUUAACAGAUACCUGAUUAACCAGUUGUUAAAUAGUAUUUCCUGCCUUGACUAUCUGGAAUGUGACCUGGGCCAGACUGAAUUCACUCCUCCGGGUUGCAUCUCUUUGCUUAAUAUUACGGAACCAGUUCUGGGACCACCGUUCACCCACCAGAGGACACCACAGAAGAUGGUGUAUUAUGGGAAACCUUCUUGUGAGAACAACUACGAGAAUUAUAUUGAGAUAAUAAAAUACGUGUUCAGCUCUUAUAAGAGAGAGUGCCCGCUCAUCAUCAACACUAUGGGCUGGGUGACAGACGAAGGGCUUCUGCUGCUCAUUGACCUGAUCCGGUUGCUGUCUCCCACCCACGUCAUUCAGCUCAGCUCUGCCCGGAGUAAACAGAUGGCCAACCUCACCCCGGAUUAUGUGGAUGACAUGGAUGGCUUGUAUACAAAAAGCAAGUCCAAAGUUAGGAACCGUGGCUAUGAACUUCCAGAAUUUGCAGAUAAUUUGGAAUUUGCUGACGAAGAUAAAGAGAGUUCAGUUUUUUUUACUGGACAUAAACUUAUAUGUGUUUAUUCAGAAUUUUCACCCAGAAAAUCUUCAAGGAAUAGGGAGUCACAUAACAGAAUUUUUCGAGAACUGGCAGUGUUAGGUUAUCUUAGCCAGCUGAUGCCCCCAGUGCCAAAACCACUCAGUCCUUUACAUGGCCUGACGCCCUAUCAGGUCCCUUUCAAUGCAGUUGCCCUCCGGAUUACUCAUGCUGAUGUCGCCCCCACUCAUAUACUGUAUGCUGUGAAUGCCAGCUGGGUUGGCCUUUGCAAGAUCCUGGAUGAUGUCAGAGGCUACACAAGGGGGCCCAUCCUGCUGGCACAGACUCCCAUCUGUGACUGUUUGGGGUUUGGGAUCUGUAGAGGCAUUGACAUGGAGAAGCGGCUGUACCACAUCCUGACCCCUGUGCCCCCAGAAGAAUUGAGAACUGUGAACUGUCUCCUGGUGGGGGUCAUUUCUAUUCCACAAUGCAUCUUCAAGAGCCAGCGAGGACCUGAAGGGACGAUUCCCUACGUCACAACAGAUUAUAAUUUUAAACUUCCUGGAGCAUCAGGGAAAAUUGGAGCAAGAGAAUUUGAUGAGACACAGGAAGGGCAAGUGAAUCGAAGACCCAGAUUCUAUCAGAAAAAGUAAACAAAUUUCAACAAGGGAAGAGAAGUUUGUACCAGGAGGCUUGGUGUGGAGCCUGAUACCAGCAGACCUGGUGGGUUCUGUGGCUAAUGAUGAUGCCCUUAUGUACAGGUUUCCUGUGGAAUUCGUGAGGGUUGUAUAUUGAAAGCUGCAAGUUUCUCUCUCAACGCUACGUGGCCUACAACAUGGCCCUGAUGUUUGUAUGGUUGAUCAUACUUGCAGUCUGGUGUUUUCUAAAGGAAUUUAAGGCAAUGAGCCAGUCAUGGUGCCACACCCCUGUAACCCCAACAACUCAGGAGGCUGAGGCAGGAGGUUUGCAAGCUCAAGGCCGACCUCAGAAAGUUAGGGGACACCCUGUCUCAGAAUAAAAAAUAAGAAGAGGGGGCUGGAGUUGUGGCUCAGUGAUAGAACACUUGCCUAGCAUGUGUGAGGCCCUGGUUCAAUUAUCAGCACCACACAUAAAUAAAGGUCUAUCAACACCUAAAAAGUAUUAAAAAAAUAAAUAAGGAGGGCUGGGGCCUGUAGCUCAGCAGUAGAGCACUCCUGUGCCCAGUGCCACAAAAAACAAAUCAAGCAAGCAGUGGGGAAAAGUUUGUACACUAUUAAAAUAGAAAGAAUUGGGUCAGUUCCUCAAAAAAUUCUUCUAGGAUCUGGUUAUUGGAAUAUCAGGAUAAAAAUAGAGAAAUUGGGGGCAAGCCUGCACGCCAAGAAGGUCAGAAACUGAUGGGCAAGACCUCUAGCCUGAGGUUGGGAGUGCCUGUGGCCUCAGCGGGCAGGUGCAGGCAGGGAGCCUCCUCUGUCAAUGCCGUCAGACUUCUCCCAGCCACGUGGAUCAUAAGUUAGAAGACUGUAUUUGGUCUGUUACUUUAAUAGAUAAAGAUUUGGCAUCAAGAACCCUUUUAAUCUGAGGCGUCACUCAAAUUGUCCUCAAAUUUGAAAAAGUUACUGAUGACUAAACCUAAACCUGCUUCCAGUUUGGGGAGCCAAAUCAAAACCUGCUUCCACUGACACCUCACCUUCUUGAGCUCCAACCUUGGCCAACAGCUCUUGUGAAGAGACCCAGUCACAACCUGGGACAGUUGCACCUAAAUCUUGCCUAGGAGCAACUCCGACUCUGCCUUUGGGGCGGCUGUCAUCACAUUCCCUUCUCCCUGGAAGUGACAGUCCCCAUCCUCUGAGAAGUGGGAUGUUCCUGCACCUGUUGCUCUGGGGUGGGUACUAAGAAGCAUUUCAGACUGCCAUGGGGACCAGUGAGGAGUUCCAGCUCCCAGUCCAAGAGGCGGGACACCAGCUCACUUACCAGUGUUUGUCCUGUGGUCACGCCUUUGUGGCCCCUGGCAACCUGCAGACCUGUAGCAGGGCUCACAGAUGACACAGGACGCCUCGGGGCAGGAUACUCAGACCCAUGAAGGGCUCCCUUCUUAGCCUUCACCUUAAUCUGAGGGCAGCUGUGUUGUGUCUUUCUGGGUUGUCAGUAUAAAGCCACUGUCAGCAAGUCUGGGAGAGGGAACUUUGCUUUUAGCCUUUAAUUGUGGACCUUGAAAUGUCAAUCCCAUCCAUAAAGAAACCAAGUCAGCACUAGGGGGCGCUGCCAGCCUGCGGUGGAGCUGGGAGGGAUGCCUCUCUAGGGAUUUGGAGGUUCUGGAGGUGGCUCUUUAGUCAGCUUAGACCACGAUGGAGAUAUUCUCAUUGUCAGUGGCCUUCAGGGUGCUCAGAAAGGGUCAGAUUGGACUUGGUCCUCUGAUUGGGCAGGCUUGAGGAGGUUCAGCAACAAGGGGCUCUCUGGGGGAGGCAUCUUUGCCAGGCCCUUGGCCAUUUUCUUCAGUGUGAUUUCCACAGUGGAACAUGCUUAUAGAUGAAUAUGACUUGGGAAGUAAAAAACCUUUGGUUAAAUGUCAGUUUUAUGGUUUUAAAAUCAGUUCUUUUACAAAAAUCUAUCCAUGGGAAAAAUAAACGUGAAAAUAAUUGAGAAGAUUCUCAAAAUCUAAAUUGAGAAGAUUCUCAAAAUCAUAAAUAAAGAUGGUCCAAGUUGUUUCCAUUUGUUCUAAGGUCAGACGUCCUGUGAAUCAGCUUAUCAGUGUGUCCCCUGCAGCCAUCUUAAAUACUUUUUAAAAAGCCCCUGGAGAAGGCAGUAUGACUGGCCUUAGGAGUGCCUGGGGGUUGGCUAUGUGUGUACCUGGCCAGAGGUGGCGUGCUGGAGCAGGCCAGGCCACGCAGGCUCAGGGAUCCUGCCUCCUCUACUUGGACCCCUCUGAUGGGCAGUUACUUAACCCAGAGGACACGCCGUUUCUGCCUGCUAAAUGGGGUGAAGACUGAGGGAUGUGGGGUCCCUUUUGUUGUACCACAUGCUGAUUUGGGGGGCGGUGCUGAACCACACCCAGGCCUUGUGCUUGCCAGGCAAUGCUGUGCCACAGACCUACCAUCCCAGCCUCUGGUGGUGAGGUUUAAAAAGUCAUCUGAUGGAGUUAGUUUAUCCUUUUGUUUACAUGGCGAUAUAGUGACUAAAGCAGCACAUUUUGAUGGUAGGUUGGGAUCCCAGCCCUACCCCUUCCAAGCAGUGUACCUUUUUGUAGGGGGGGUGGGUACUGGGGAUUGAACUUGGGGUCACUUAACCACUGAGUUGUGUAGCACUUUGCUGUUGCUGAGGCUGGCUUUGAACUCGUGAUCCUCCUGUCUCAGCCUCCCAAGCUGCAGGAUUACAGGCAUGUGCCACUACACCAGGCCUCUGAGCAGUGUACCUUUUGAAGGAGUUGAGUGACCAAGUCUUCCUUUGAGGUUGGGGUAGUUCCAUCUGGGCUCCUGGGAGAGAAGUAGGUGAGGUCCUGGUAUAGGGGCCAGCCCAGUCUCUGGCAUGCAAGGGAUGGUCCGAACUCCUGGUGUGUGGCCUGACUAGGUUAUGAGCUAGGCGGCAGACCCCGAAUUAUGUCCCUCACAGUUGUGUUGAAGGAUAUGGACACUGCUUGCCCAUCUUGCCUCCAUUUACACCUGUGGAGGAUGAUGCAGAACCCCUUCUCAUAGGUAGCACCCUGGAUCCCAAGAGGCUGCUGUGUCACAUCUGUGAGCUUAUGAAAUUGUGCCCUGUUACAGAUGGUUUCCACCCAACUCGUCUAUUUAUACAUGAACUCUGUCAUUAAAGAUUUUUGAGAACACGAA